GCCAGACAGAGCGAGCCUGCCAGGCAGCCGCCAGCUCGGGGAGAGGCGGCUUGUGCCUUUCACAAACGUGGGUUUGUUUUCCCCACAGCGUCGCCAGGUUGCUCAUUUCCCUUCCCCAAACUGAAAGGGGGCGGGGAGAAGACGGUGAAGGAGGAAAACCUGAAGCAAAAUCACCUCCUUUCUCGCCGAAGUCUCGGAGAGAAAGAAAAAUAAAGCCCCCUCUGCCGCCUGUCUCCACAGGCAGCGGCUCAGUCCUGCUUCUCCAACGUUGCACCAGGUGUCAGCAGAGAUACCCAACUCUGAGGCGCCCCGACUCGGAGCCUCCUGGUUAUAUAGUAACCUGUUGCUUUUGGCCGGUGGCUCCACCUCUCCCUCCUCCUCUGCCUGGGCUGAGGGAGCGCUUCCACCUGCUCUCAGUGGAGCUGCGAGGUCUGCACGGGGAGAAAGGAGGGCGAGGAGGAGCGAGAAGAAGAGGGAGCCGUCACGAAGGGAGAGGGUCGUUUCCUCUUCCCCAUCUCAGCCCCGGGCACCGUUUCCCCUGGGCGGGAGGUCGGCGGUCACCUCAGGGAAGCCCUUUGCUGAGCACAGCAGAGCAGGAAGCCCCAAGUUCAGAAUGGCAGGGAAGCUGGACUAAGAGGAAGGGAGCCGCUCAGUGGGAAAGGAAUUACGAGGACCCAGGAAACUGGGAGAGUCCAACUGGCUUCUGAGGGAAAAGUGAAUGCCCUGAAAGCAGUAUGAGCCACAAGGGAUCAACAAGCAGCCAUCCAGGCUCUGCAAAUGGUAGCAUGGGGAAAGCAGAUGGAGCUGCCAAAAUGAGUGCAAAGGAUUUAUAUGAGCAGAGGAAGAAGUAUUCCAAUUCUAACGUCAUUAUGCAUGAGACGUCACAGUACCAUGUACAGCAUUUAGCCACCUUCAUCAUGGAUAAGAGUGAGGCCAUUGUAACAGUGGACGAUGCCAUCAGGAAACUCAAACAGCUGGCUUCCAAAGAGAAGAUCUGGGCCCAAGAGAUGCUGUUGCAAGUGAAUGACAAAUCCAUCCGACUGCUGGACUGCGAAACUCAGGAAGAGCUAGAGGACUUCCUUCUGCCAACAGUCCAGCUCUGCCAAACUGUGCUGAAUCAGAUGCGGUACUCAUCUAUACUCCUGCUAGUGUGUCAAGACUCAGAGCAGCACAAGCCUGACAUUCAUUUCUUUAAUUGCGAUGAGGUGGAGGCAGAGAUGGUACACGAGGACAUAGAAAGUGCACUUGCUGACCAUAAGUUUGGAAAGAAGAUACGGCCGCAAACUCUCAAGGUAAACCAAGAGAAGAUUAAACAGAGACAAUCCAUCCUCCCACCACCUCAAGGGCCAGCUCCAAUUCCUUUCCAGUAUGAAGCAAGAGGCUCACCAAAGAACAACCAGAAUCGAGUGGCUCCUCCUUCACAGUAUCACGAGCCAGAAUAUGAUCGACGAAGCUCCAGUUCUCAGGACUAUGAAGAGUCCCGGGCAAUUUUAGCACAGAAGAUUGAAAAAGAAACGCAAAUCCUAAACUGCACUCUAGAUGAUAUUGAGCUGUUUGUUGCCAAGCUUCAGAAAGCUGCAGAAGCAUUCAAACAGCUGAACCAAAGGAAGAAGGGAAAGAAGAACAAGAAGAAAGGUCCAGCAGAGGGAGUUCUGACCCUGAGGGCAAAGCCCCCAAAUGAGGCUGAGUUCGUUGACUGCUUCCAGAAAACAAAGUUGGCACUAAAUCUCCUGGCCAAACUGAGAAAACAUAUCCAGAAUCCAAGUGCUUCAGAAUUAGUGCAUUUCCUGUUUGGACCAUUGGAAUUGAUAGUCAAUAGCUGUGGAGGUCCUGAAGUUGCAAGGUCUGUUGUCAGCCCACUUCUUUCCAGAGACGCCACAGAUUUCCUGAAAGGGCAUCUGACACCAAAGGAGAUGACGCUGUGGGAGUCCUUGGGGGAGACUUGGACAAGGUCAAGAGCUGAGUGGCCAAGAGAAGCCAACAUCCCAAGCUAUAUUCCAAAGUUCCGCAACGGAUGGGAGCCACCUCUAGAAAUACUCCGUGGAGCUCCUUGGGAAAUAGAUAUUGGCCACCUGCAAGAUGAGCUGUCAUCACCUAAUGGAUAUUCCAGCCGGAACAUAAAGCCUGUCCAGACAUCUGAUCAAAGUCCAGCAGUGGAUGCUUUUGCUCAACAUGUUACUCAACAUGUGAACAGGAAUUUUGAGGCACAGGGUAUGGCCCCAUCAAAGAGAUAUGCCAAAAUCCGCUAUGAUUUCACUGCUCGAAAUGCCAAUGAACUUUCAGUGCUGAAGGAGGAAAUUCUGGAGGUGUUGGAAGAUAAUAAACAGUGGUGGAAGCUGCGAAAUAGAAGUGGGCAGGCUGGUUACGUCCCAUUUAACAUCUUGGAUCUGGUGAAACUGGAGGAUUAUGGGCUAAUUGAACAGAAAUACAAGGGAGACUUGAGUCCAAGGGGAACUGGACCAUCCAGCCCCUCACAUAAGUUACCUGCCAGCUAUGCUGGGGAAAUGCUCGCCCGGAAUUCUCCUGAUGCCAAAGAACAACUGAUUCAUCAUAUGGAUGAAGUCAAUGAUGAACUGCUGAAAAAGAUCACCAAUAUCAAAGUACAACCACCCCAGAGAAACUUUAAAGUAGAGAAGACUCAACAGGUUCAUGUGCCCCUGACCUUUGAAUCCAAUGCUGAGGAGGUCAAAGCAUGGCUGGAAGCAAAUUCUUUCAGCAAAGGAACUGUGGACCAUCUUGGCAUACUAACAGGGGCACAACUUUUCUCUCUGAACAAAGAAGAGUUGAAAAAAGUAUGUGGAGAAGAGGGUGCCAGAGUGUAUAGUAAAAUCACAGUGCAAAAGUCUCUCCUAGAGAAAAGCAGAGGGGAGUCGGAGCUUCAAGAAAUCAUGAAACGACGCCAAGAAAGGAUUGAUUCUGCUAUUUAAGUUUUAUCUUCUUAUCCCCCCCCCCUUGCCCCAACACUGUUCACACACACUUGCAAAAAACAAAAAUGAAAAAACAAAAAGGGAAAGAGAGCAAAACAAAGAAAAAUGGAAAAAAAGACUGCUGGAAUCAGCACCUAAGCAAUGUAAAUUGCCAUCUAGAUUGACUGUUCCUUCAAGCACUGUUAGUGAGGCCAUGCUCCCUCACUUACGUGGCAUGCAUUGGGAGAGAGGUUCUAGUAUUGUAUGAAGUAUUAUUUUUAUAUCUCUAUAUUUUAUACAUAAAUGUUAUGUGCGUGAAGUUCAGAGCAUGGUAAGCAUAGGAACUGACAUUCUGAGCAAAGGCUGGAUUGAAGCAAAGUGGCCUCAAAAUGAUCUAUGGCAGUCAGCUUCCUGUGUGACCCUUCACUACUUUCAAAAAGCCUCAUAGAAUGAUCUGGGGGCAGAAAGGAUACAAGCCUAUAAGGAUGUUCUGAGGCCCUGUAUUUUGAAAACUACAGGCCGGCUGACCAUUCAGUUGUGUUUUUGUACACAACACAAGAAAGCCUGGAUUAGCCUAAAGUGGGGAGGAGAGGGGAGAGAUUACUUCUGGGGCCACCGUUGUGACAUGUUAUAUAAAAAAACAACAACACAAGACAAGAUGAUGAUCAACUAGCAGGCAAGUGAUUUAAAGUUGGUUUUGGAUUUUUCUAGAAUGAAGUUGGCAACCAACUCAUCUUUUCUCCCUCCCUAGCUCUAAACUGCAUUCACUGCUUUUAUAUGCCAUCAAAAGGGUACAAGGAAGCCAUCAUAUACCAAACAUAGCCACGGUUUAUCUGAGGGCAGUUUUAAUGUCAUAACCAUUAACUGCUGUACCUCCAGGGUAAGUUGUAAUAUGAGCUAAAUGCAUAUUCUGAAGUCCUUUGAUAAACUUUUGGCCUAGCAGUUGCAUUGGUGUCCCUGCCUCCCCACCCACCACCUCUCUAGUCAUCAUACCUUCAAGUCUCCAUCAUCAUAUUUGGGACUAACUCUGAAUGCCUCCAUUCUUGCAAAUCAGGACCCCACACAGUGCUAUUGUGACCCUUAAGGGAUGGAGUAUCCAUGAUGUUUAGGUAAUUAUGUAAAUAUUCAAACUAUCAUGAAAAAAGGAAUGUCAGCAGUGUGGAUCACAUUGGAAUUGGUCUUUAGCAUUGUAUACAUAUAUAUAUUCAUCAGAUGCCUUUUCUCACUGAUUGAUAUUAGAAGAAACCUAGAGUCUUUACAUUUUGUGCUUCCCAUUAUUUCACCCAUUACUAAGCAGUGCCUAGAAUAGGCUUUACAGUGAAUAAUGACCUUUUGCAACUUGUGGAUGAAUGGUAAUAGCUAGUUACUAAAUACAAGAGUUGGGACAACUUUCUCUCUCUCCCUGUACUAUACAAGACUAUUGUUUUCAAGAAAGAAGUUGAGCUGAAAAGAAUGGCAAAUGAAUGCAUAUUCAAAUUUCCUUUGUGGCAACCUAUUAACUGUGUAAUAGUUAAUAGGUUAAAAGUCUUUGUACUCAUCCUUAUGAGCCACAGCAUUACCCAGUUGAUCAUAACCAAUCAAAAGAUGAUUGAAAAUAUGAGAUUUAAUUUCAGCCUGAUGUGCAUUCACCAUCCUCAAAGCAUCCAGCUAUCCAAUUUGCAGAUUAUAUGGCCUAUUAGACAAAAUGGGUUGUAUUCAAUGUAGCACUUAGCAGCGCUUUCCGUGAACAGAACAAUUUCCACUUGCACAGUGGUACUUUCCCUCUUCUCCCUUCCCAUGCACCCCCUAAAUCUGCUCUGGGUUUUCCCCAACCUUCCAGAGCAGAUUGGGGGAUUGCACAAAGGGUUUGGGGUGCAAGAGAGAUGGGAAGUCAAACCAUUCAACUAAUAAUCAUUCCACUUGUGCAU